UUCCACGGGCAGGGGCGGACUGACCAUUUGGAAACUCGGGCACUGCCCAAGGACCCGGGGUCAGUAGGGGGCCCUAUGAGAUGCCCCUGGUACCUUUUUCAUAUGCUUUUUUGAGUUUGGGCAAGGACACAGGGGCCCCUGAUCCCCUAUUGCCCGGGGGCCCCAUUAGUUGUCAGUCCGCCCCUGGUCAUAUAUUACCAUGCUUUGCUGCCUGCCGCUGACAAGGUACAUCAGCUGUCAUAAUCUAAUUCAAGCACACACGUAAAGGGACAA